AUGAACGCGGGGAAAACCAAGUUCAUGGCCUUCAACCAGCAGUCACCGGUUUGUUUGAAGACCACAGAUGGAUCCACUCUUGAGAAAGUGGAGGACUUCAAGUAUCUUGGGUCCCACAUGGAAAGCACUGCCAAGGACAUCAACUCCCGCAAGGCAGCGGCGUGGAGAGCCUGCAACAAGAUGGACAAGAUCUGGAAGUCAGACCUGUCAAGCAAGCUCAAGACACGCCUCUUCCUCUCAACGGUGGAGUCGGUACUCCUGUACGGCUGUGAAGCGUGGACGGUGACUCCCAAACUGGAAAAGCAACUGGAUGGCUGCUACACAAGGAUGCUGAGCUCUGCAGACAGAGAAGCCCUGCAGAAUGAGCAGCAUUACCUGUUCCUGAAGCGCCUGUGUCAGCUGCUGGUCGGCCUGGGGCAGCAGCUGGGGACCCUCUGGGGUCCAACUGGCCUGGGAGUGGGCUGUCCAGCAAACUUCAGCAAGUACCUGUCAGCCAUCCUGUCCUUCACAGCACACAACAGCCAGAGCCUGUCCUCCCUGACUCAGGGCCUGUGGGCAGCAUUCCUCAGACAUGAGCACAUCUCCAAGGACUCUGUUUUUCUCGAGUUCGUCCCUAAAGUCCUUCAACAGGCCACCAUUAAUGUUGUCAAGACCGGCUUCCCUUCACUCUCCAACUCCCCCAGCUGUACAUACUCCCAGGUCGACUUCGACAGCGAUGAUGAGUUCAACUCGUUCUUCGCAG